AGUUAGAAAUUCAUAAAAAUGUUUCAAAUCUAAAUCUAAAUCUAAGAUUUUAAAAUGUAAUACAAGAUUCCGCAUAAGGUUGUCUACCUAUCUCUAUUAAAAAAAAAUGUCUACAAGAAAGUCAAAUUAUAUCAUUGAAUUCAAAUUUAACACCAUCCAUUACAGUGAGUCAUUUGUAACCUACCUACUGUACAGCAGAGAAACACCCACCUACCAGCUUUUUUCUUUUAAUUAAAUGUUUGCUGUACAAUAUAAAUAAUUAAAGAAUAGUAGCAUAAAAAAUGGAUUUAAUUGAACACAUUGUACAAUAAUUAUAUAUAAUUAUAUUAAUACUUAUUGGUGGAGAUAAAAUCGUUUCAUAUAUAAUUCAUAAUAUUCUACGCAUAUACUAAUAAUUGAUGUUUAACUAUUUUUUUCUAACGUUUAAUUUGUUAGCUAUUGGUCCUGCAUAAUUUGAGUUUAAAACUUACUGACAAUAAUUGACACACCGGAACAUUCAACAUGGAGUUUUUAUGUUUUUGGUGAUUUUUAACCUUUUUUAUUUUUAUUUAAUAAAUAAUUUUAGAUUCUCAACGGAGCGAUGCAUGUAUUGACUUACAAUUAUGUCUGUUAUGUUUUAUAUUAAUUUAUUUUUUUACUGCGCCAAAAAGGUUUCUAGUAUUUUGUUGUAAUAUUCAAAAAAUAUUGUUUGUAGAAUUGAAACUUUUCACCACUUUGUGUAUAUUAUUAUUUACUAUUCAUCAUGACAUUUUCAAAAUAUUUAGAUUUAUUUUAAGCUAUUUUAACCAUGAACCUAUAAACACCGUUUUAUUGUACGUCUGUAAUUUGUAUUUGACUUUAAUUGUAUAAAUUAAUAUUAAAAUUACUAUUAUAGUAUAGGUACUUACCUACAUGUGAUUUGUUUUCGGCAAAAAAUAGUUCAAAUGUUAUCGUAUUACCUAUAGAAAAAUAAAUUACUAAUUGCAAUAUAAAUAUUUAAUAAGACAUCCUUAUAAAUGUAGGCUGGUACUUUUCGCAUUUUUAGUUAACUUGAUAAAAUCUGGUAACUUCAUAGGUACUGGAACUGACAUAAAACCUUGUAAUACCAUAUAAUGAUAUAUUGAUAUGUUAUUAUUCUCGUUGAACAUUUUUAAUGUUUUUAUCACUUCCACACGUGAAUAACAUCACAACUCAAAAUUAUUUUUAUAUUUUGAGUUGUGAUACUAUUCUUAACCGACUUGAUACAAUCUUUAGCAAAACGACACAAACUAAGUCAAAUAUUCAAUAAUUCUCAUAAUAAUAAUUUUGUGGGGGACGGAGUGGCCGAGCGGAUUAAGGCAUCAGUUGCGACGUGCACCGUCGCCAGUUUGAACUCGACCACAGGCGGCAUUUUUCUUCAGUCAGUCCCGGUGUCCGGAGAGAGAAGCCGCCAUCCCCCACCCGAGCAUAGCAGAUACCUACAGGUGCCCACUUAAAAUUUUGACAAAACAAACACACACGUGUUCAAAACCUACAUUACCCUCCCCUACAGUUCCACAGGCUAAUGACCUCAGUUGUCAUUGUUGAAUCCAUGUGCUUGAUGAUCGUCAUUUUAUUAAAGGUGCCUGCUAUCAGCCUGUUCGACCAACCCGCCGAACAGAACGCAGCGGCCGCGGCCGCGGUGGCCGCUGCGGACAUUGCGGCCGCCGGCUGCAACGAGAAACCGCCUUACUCGUACAUAGCGCUCAUCGCCAUGGCCAUCACGUCCACACCCAACCAGCGGAUGACGCUUAGCGAGAUAUACAACUAUAUUACGGACAAGUUCCCGUAUUACCGGCGCAAUAGACAGGGCUGGCAGAACUCCAUCAGACACAACCUGAGCCUGAACGACUGUUUCAUCAAGAUCCCGAGGGGCCGGACCGGCAUGGACGACAACAUGGGCGGCGGCAAGGGCAGCUACUGGACGCUGGACCCGGUGGCCGCGGCCGACAUGUUCGAGCGAGGCAACUACAGGCGGAGGCGGAUGCGCCGGCACAGGCCAUACCAACAGCAAAGCCACCACCAGACGAACCAACAGGACAUCAAGUCGUUGCUGCAGCAACAGCAACAGCCGCCGGCCAGUCCUCACCACCAUCACCACCACCACUUCUCGGUGUACCCCGAGUUUCAGUUGACCGGCAGGAACGCCGUGGCCGUGACCACCGCGGCCGAGUCGCUAGCGGACAACCAGCACGCAGCCGUUGCCGUCGCGGACACGGUGUCCUCGCACAACCUGGCGUUCCACAUCGAGAACCUGAUACAGAAGAAGCACCGCGGUGCCGAGAUGUCUCAGGAAGAGAUCGUCUCGUCCAGCGGCGCGCACAACAACAACAACGAUCUGCUGCAGUACGCGGCCGGCGACGAUCACCAACACCACCACCGCCACCAGCUACCACUGACGCAGCACGCGGUCGAGUCCAAGCCCAAAUUGAUUAUCAUCAACGAUGAGGACGACAGCAACAUCAGUGGUGGUAGUGGCGGCAGACGAUGCUAAGACGCCGCAGCCGUCACGCACACACGCACACAAUCAAUGAUCAUAGUAUUCUAACGCUUAUAUUGCGUUGGUACACUAUAUUGUAUUGUAAUGUUAUAUAUGAGUGCACACGCAUACACGACGUAAAGUCAUGUGCCCACGUUUGUGCAUGUGUAUAUAGUAAAGUAUGCCUACGUAUAGCCGUAGGUAUACGAGGUAUACCUAUGCUUACCGGUUAUCAAUUAUAAUAUAUUAUAAUAAUAUUAUGCUUGCAGUGCGUGAAAGAGGUACCUAUUUGAUGGACUGCGCGUGUGCGUGGGCAUGUGUGUACGUGUGUUUGUGUGUGUGUGUGUGUGUGUGUGUGUGGUAAUAGAAACGCGGUAUCCCCCGAACGAGAGUAUUAAUUUCAUUUUCGAAAAUAUAUGAAACUAUUGUACAUACCUAUUAUCUACCUAUAUUAUAUGAAUAUUAUUAUUAUUAUUAUUAUUAUUAUUAUUAUAACUACUGUGCUACAAUAAUCGUUUGAUGGUUUUGUUUUUUGA